AUGGCGCUGGAUCCGCGCUUCUACCACCACAUCGGCCAGCCCACCGGGCCUGGUUCGAUCUCUUCGGCCUCCUUCUCCUCCGACUCGUCAGCCAUCACGGGAAUCACCACGCCGAGCGUUGUCUCGACGACCGCCUCCGCCGCCACCCUCAGAUCCACCGCAUCCAGUCCUUCCUUGCGAGCAAGGGAGAGCGUAUCGGUCGGCCGUCACGAUGGAAUCGCCAGUCCGACGCCAGCGGGAAAUGUGCGCGUCGUGGUGCGCGUGCGCAAAUUCCUUCCUCGAGAGACGCAACGCGGGGCCGAAUGCCUGAUCGAGAUGGACCCCAACACGCAAAUGACCAAACUCCAAGCACCCAAACCCAGCCCAGGAGACGAGGGAAAGCCCAAGUCGCAGGCUCGAGGCAAGGUUUUGGAGGACAAAUCAUUUACAUUUGACAAUUCCUUCUGGUCGCACAAUGAGGAGGACGAGCAUUAUGCACACCAAGAGGACGUGUACAACUCUCUCGGCGAGGAGUUCCUGGACCACAACUUCGAGGGAUACCACACAUGUAUCUUUGCGUACGGGCAGACCGGAUCGGGCAAGAGUUACACGAUGAUGGGCACCGCGGACCAGCCAGGGUUGAUCCCUCGGACCUGCGAGGACCUUUUUCAGCGCAUCGAGAACUCGCCCUCUCCCGACAUCAGCUACAAUGUCCGAGUUUCUUACUUUGAAGUCUACAACGAGCAUGUUCGUGACCUCUUGGUACCUCGAACGGAUCCCCCGCACUACCUUCGCAUUCGCGAGUCUCCAUCAGAAGGCCCAUACGUCAAGGAUCUGACAGAGGUGACGACAAGGAACUAUACCGAGCUGAUGAAAUUCAUGCGGAAGGGUGACAUGUCCCGGACGACAGCUAGCACGAAGAUGAAUGACACCUCCUCUCGGUCGCACGCGGUCUUUACCAUUACAUUGAAACAGAUCCACCACGACCUCUCCACUGACGAAACCACGGAGCGCACUGCGCGCAUCCGGCUGGUAGAUCUGGCGGGAUCUGAGCGUGCUAAGUCAACCGAAGCCACAGGUCAACGACUGCGCGAGGGAGCAAAUAUCAACAAAUCACUUACAACUUUGGGACGAGUCAUUGCCGCACUGGCAGAACCCAAGAAGGCCCGUGGAGGUCGGAAAAACAAGGAUCUAGUUCCAUAUCGCGACUCCAUUCUCACCUGGCUGCUGAAGGAUAGUCUUGGCGGGAAUUCUAAGACGGCAAUGAUUGCGUGUAUCGCCCCUGCAGACUACGAGGAGACCUUAUCCACGUUGCGCUAUGCGGACCAGGCGAAGCGUAUCCGAACUCGGGCCCGGGUGAACCAGGAUCAUGUGUCGGCGGCAGAACGCGACGCGCAGAUUGCGGAAAUGGCGGAGACCAUUCGCAGUCUCCAGCUCAGCGUGAGUCAGGCAACAGCAAACCAGCGCGCUACUGAGGCCCAGGAUGAACGACUGGAGGAGUAUCAGCAAAAGGUCGAGAAGAUGCAACGCCUCAUGGAAGAAACGAAGAUGGUCGGCGAGUGCAAGAUCCGGCAGCUCCAGACCGAAAAUGAAGCCUUGCGCAUGCACUUGAAGCUCGCCCUGGAGAGCUUGAAGAACCCCAUUCCGCCGGUCACCGUGGAUCAGCGACAACCCAGCCUCACGACCUUGGCGGAUACAGAUCAGCCCCCGAGUCACGACGAAGAGGACCGCGAAGGUUCUCCUCCCUUGGAUGCAGACCCCGAACCACAGGUGUGGGAGGACGAGGAUAGCUUCACAAUGGACGACGUUAGCGAGCGCGAAGCGCAGCAAAUGCAGGACCGCAUGGAAGAUCUCUUGGGCGAUCUCAGCGUUUUCAAGCGAAAGCUAGCAUCGGACCACGAGCGCUUCCGCCCUGUUGAGAGAUCGGGAACGCUGAAGCGACGUCGCGCACUGGGAGCCAUUAUGGCCAACAACCGCUAG